AUGAGUGUGUUACAAUGGGCUGUCUUUUGUGAUAACGACAAAACUGGCCGCAAAAAGUUGUCUCCAGAAGAUGUUCUUCCAAGUAUUUAUGCUCGUGUCUACAACAUCACUCCGAUGCCACCCCAUGAUGAAAUUAUGCCAUUGAUAGAAUCAAGUAUGUGUUACAUUAUUUUCGACUUAUGUGAUGUCGACAAUGAUGGGUACUUGGACUUCACCGAAUUUUGUCAUUUCACAAAGUGUUUUGAAGUUCCUCUCAACAAGAACCCAGACUUUUGUUUCAUCACAGAGAUCCAAGCACUAUUUGUAGCAAUAGAUGCAGAUCUUUCAGGCAUGAUUUCCGAGGAAGAAAUCACUGCCGCUCUCCUUAAAAUUGGUAAGAAGAACAAGACACUUAAAAAACAUUUGUCUUCUUUGGAAGAGUAUGCUAACAACUUACAAACAAAAGAAGCUGUUUCCAAAAACGACUUUUUAAAGAGUUUGGUGAAGACUGAAAUUUACAACGAGUACAAAACAGACAUUUACCACGAGGUGUUCCAUUCUUUCGACAAAACAGGAAAUGGUAAAUUGGACUCUUCUGAGAUAUCAUUUAUGUUAGAAAGCUUAUACCCAAAUGGUGUGGAAAUCGCUGGAUGCUCUGCAAUUGUUCUUGAGUUACUUGACAAAGAUAAAGACAAUGAAAUCAGUCUUGAAGAAAUCAUUCCAUUUUUGGACGUUCUCAAAGACCUCCCAGAAAAUGGAAGACUUACUAAAGAGAUGCUUUUUAAAGCGUUCUUUAAAUUAAUAGACUAUGACAACGAUGGUGUUAUUGAAUUCGACGAAAUGGAUCGUUUUAAGUCACUCAAAAGUAUUACUCCACUCAGAUCAAAAUUAGAGAAGCUUUUUAAACAAUUCGGAGACGACGAUGUGACCUACGAACAGUUCCUUUCUCUUGCAAACGCACUCUAA